CUUUCAUAUUUCAAUUCUCGCGCAAAAUUCAAUUUCUGUUUCCAACCGCUAUUUGUGAGAUACCUAAUAAAGUGUGCAAGAAAGACAAAGUUUGAACAAACUAGUGAAUUUGUAUUCCGAAAUUAUAGUUUAGUAAUAUUAUGUCACAGUUUAACUAUUUAAACGAAAUUGACAGCGCUUUAACGCUGGAUGGAGAAAUUACACGUGGGCCCCCUCCGCGGUGGCAGAAAAAAUUGGAAGCUUCUGCUUUGGCGAAUAGCCUUAAUGGAAGUCUAAGUGCGUCCCGUUCGGUGUUGUCCAUGUCAUAUAACACUAGCUUUUCUGGUGUAGUACCAGCAGCAAAAACUCCACGAAAGGUUGGCGGCGAUGCGAAGUGCAAGAAAACACCCACACCUAACAAAGGUGCACGGACGCCGAGCGGUGGCGAUCGCUUCAUCCCAAACCGUGGAACCAGUAAUUUCGAGCUGGGCCAUUAUUUGAUUAAACAAGAACCGGAGAAAUCUGAAAAUGAUGAUAACAAUAGUAACGAUAUCAACAAAAAAACGCCUUCAAAGAAUGAGCGACAGAAACUUAUCGCGGAAUCCUUGCAAGUGGGUGAUCCUAAAACCACACGCAUUUUAUGCUACCAAAAUAAAGCACCUGCUGCACCAGAAUCGCAUCAAAAUCCAUUGAAAGUGGUUUACUCAAUUAACACACCUUUAUCGACUAAGAGUGGCUCUCGUUAUAUAGCCAACACUUCUGAUCGUAUACUUGAUGCGCCCGACAUAAUAAAUGAUUAUUACCUAAAUUUAAUGGAUUGGAGCGCUGAUAACAUUGUUACAGUAGCCUUGGGUAAUGCAGUUUAUUUAUGGAAUGCAGCAACAGGCAAUAUUGAACAAUUGGUUGUGUAUGAGGAAGGUGAUCACGCCUGUGCUCUCUCCUGGGUUCAGGAGGGUCAAAUUUUAGCAAUAGGAAAUACUACUGGUGCUGUAGAAUUGUGGGAUUGUUCGAAGAUCAAACGUCUGCGAGUGAUGGACGGACAUUCAGCACGUGUUGGAACGUUAGCUUGGAAUUCAUUUUUGGUUUCAUCGGGCAGUCGUGAUAGGUCUGUCAUACAUCAUGAUGUACGGGCACGCGAACACAAAGUCGCCACACUAACUGGCCACACACAGGAAGUUUGUGGACUUAAAUGGUCGACAGACUUCAAACACCUUGCAAGUGGUGGCAAUGAUAACUUGGUUAAUAUAUGGGGGGCUGUAAGCGGAGGUACUGGCAGUGGCACAGAACCUUUGCACGUGCUUAAUGAGCAUCAAGCAGCGGUACGUGCCUUAGCUUGGUGUCCUUGGCAGCCGAAUCUAUUGGCUAGCGGUGGUGGAACAGCCGAUCGCUGUAUUAAAUUUUGGAAUGUAAACAACGGUUCCCUCGUUAAAUCCGUUGAUACAAAAUCUCAAGUCUGUGCACUUUUAUGGUCACGGAACUAUAAAGAGUUGAUCUCUGCCCAUGGGUUUGCAAACAAUCAGCUAACGAUUUGGAAGUAUCCCUCCAUGGUGAAACAGGCUGAACUGACUGGGCAUACAUCACGUGUGCUACAAAUGGCGAUGUCACCGGAUGGAAGUACGGUGAUAAGUGCCGGUGCAGAUGAAACUCUACGACUAUGGAAUUGUUUUGCACCUGAUCCGUAUACUGCGAAAAAGGCAAGUGCGGGGGCAAGCAAGGCUAAACAGAGCGUUUUCCGUCAGAGCAUACGAUAAUUGCAGCAAGGGAAAACAAUAUAGACUAAUAAGAGGGUUAAUACCGUCUAAUAACAACGAACAACAAUAUUCCAAAUUUUCAGCAGAAUCUAAAGUAAUGAAUUUUAUUUAUUAGCUGAAAGUUAUCAUAUGAAAUAUGCAAUGUGAAAUGAAUAAUUGCAUGCGUCCCAGGGAAAGCGGUAAUAUGAUAUGAAUAGUUUUAGUUCAUAAUGUAUGGUAAUGAGGAAUGUAUAUGUUCAGAUUAAUCAUCAGUCACAUCAUAUCGCGUGUCUUGCCAUACUUCAAACUUUUUGUAUUAAAAAAAAAAAUCAAUUCUCUGACGAUAUUCUUCACCACGUAUCGGUCACACGUAGAAGAAGUUAAUGUAUCUCGUUUUUCAUUGGAACAUAUUUGUAGUAGUAUAAUUAUCGAUAUUGAAAUGUAUGUGUGUUGGCACAUUUCAUAUUAUAGCUGUUUAUAUUGUAAUGUAUAAUAACUCAUUGUCAUUUUGUAUUUUUAAGCAUCUUUUCAUGUAUUUGCAUUUAUUUUUAAAUUUCGUUUGUAUUUACUAAUUUUUUAGAUGCAAGGCUUAUGUGCACUUGUCAUGUAAGGCGAAUUAGGUACAGGCCUUAGCACUUUAAUUUCUAUAAUAUGUAUUUUUUAUAUGUAAUGCUUCAAUGUAGAUUUUUUCUAAUAAAGGCAAAGUUUAUACUUA